AUGUCUGAAUUGGUAUCUCAACUAAAGCAUCCGCCCGAUAUAUCGAAACCACGAUGGGAUCAGUCGACAUUCGGAGGACGUGCUCGUCAUUUUUUUGUGACUACAAAUCCAUUAAAUCUAUUUAUAUCUGGAAAGCGAUUGGAAGAAGCAAAAAAUAUUGUCCUAGAUUAUAAACACGGACACAAAGUGCCGGAGAAUUUGACGGUUGAUGAGUUAUGGCAUGCGAAACACAUCUUCGAUUCUGCAUAUCAUCCUACUACGAAUGAACUUAUGAUUUUGCCAGGACGUAUGAGCUGUCAAGUACCUGGUAAUAUGUUCCUGACUGGUGGCAUGCUGACUUUCUAUAAAUCCUCAAGCGCUGUAAUAUUUUGGCAAUGGUUGAAUCAGUCAUUCAAUGCUGUUGUUAAUUAUACUAACCGUUCGGGUGAUAGUGUUUCCAACAAAACGCUUCUGACGUCGUAUUUCUGUGCAACGGGUGGUGCUGUUACUGCUGCGUUAGGACUCAAUUCACUGGUAAAGUCAAUGUCACCGCUGGUCGGACGUCUGGUACCAUUUUGUGCCGUUGCAAUUGCAAAUUCAAUCAAUAUCCCUCUUAUGCGAUCCAAAGAAUUGGUAGAUGGCAUUGUGAUAAAUGAUGAAAACGGUAACAAACUGGGCACGAGUAAAAAAGUAGCGCGGAUAGCUAUUGCUAAUGUCAUAAUAAGUCGAAUUGGGAUGGCUGUUCCAUCGUUUUUCUCCAUACCACUUCUGAUGAAUCAGAUCGUGAAGACGAGUUGGUACCAGAAGCGCCCUUGGGUAUCAGCUCCAAUACAAACAUUGAUGGCCGGUUUCAUCCUAACAUUUGCAACACCAUUGUGCUGUGCCAUUUUUCCGCAGAUAAGUUCCAUUGAAACGAGUCGUUUAGAGCCAGAAGUUCAAAAGGAAAUCAGUAAACUUCAGAACCCACCUAAACUUGUGUAUUACAAUAAAGGGCUGUGA